AUGAAGAUCCUUCUCUUGUCUCCAUUUGUAUUUGCACAUGUGAUCAAUCUUGUUAUUCUUUACGAGAAGACGGGGCUGAAAGAGGUCAAGGAAAUGUAUCAUUAUGUGGUUGAAAGGCUGUUAGACAAGUUCAACGAGCAUCUUCAGAGGCGGGGUAUAAGAAUUAGCCUAUUGGAUUUCUUAGCAUAUGACGAUUAUCUAGUAAAGCCAGGAUACCAGGACAUAUCAAUAAUGGGUGGUGAAGAAAGUCUUGAUGCCAGAGUAGAAGCAUUGAGCGGAAUCCCUGCCAAUGUCAUUCUUGUGGCUUCUGCCAGCCCUGAAGAGGAACGAGAAAAGUUUAUACCAAAUUCACCAUGUAUGAGUCGUUUCAUCAGCAAUAUGGUUUCUAGCGAUAUUGUUGAUGACGAACUCCUAACAAAAAUAAUAUAUGCAGUUCUUGAUUGGAUGGGUGGCCUUUUCAAAAUAGAAGUUCCGAGCCCUGUCAAAGAGAGAAACCCAGAGAUUUUUGAUAAGUUUGCAAAGGAUGUAACAACUCCAGAAUUCAUAGAAAGUUUGAAACAAUGCACAAAAGAAACAAGAGAUAAGUUCGAGAAGUUCAUCAGAGUGUUAAACUGGAAUGAAGAGAAGAUGUUCAGCCUAAGAAUGAUGUCUGGAAGGUUAGAUUCUGGGCAAAGCGAUGGAGUAGAAAUAUCAAGCCCUUUAAAGUGGGUUUUAUCCAAAUCAGAAAAGAAAGCUGAGGAUACAAAUUCCCAAUCUCAACCUCCAAAAGAAAUCAAACAGGAAAAAGACAAUCCUGAGUCAUCUUCAAACGAAGAAAGUUCUUCUGAAAAAAAGGAAAAGAAUACCAAUAAGAAACCAUCAAGAUCUCAUGAACCUGAGAUAUCUUCCAAAAAGAUAAAGAAAACCUCUCUAAAAAAGACGAACUCAGAUAAUCUUGUAGAUCUAGAAGAAUCCGAAAAGAAAGAGGAGAUUGAGGAACAUGAAAAAAGGAAAACCAACAACUCAUUAGAAUAUUUAGAUAAGAUUAAUAGCCUUCGAAACGAUCAAAAACCAAGAGAAGAAGAAGCAUUAAUGGAAGAAAAAAUUAGGGAGGAAUUACAAAAGAUCAUCUCUCAUGAGUCUCAUAAUUUAAAAAGAAGAUUCGAUGGGUAUCCGGCAUUGACUAGAAUCCCUUCUUAUAAUGAUGAGGAAGUUAGAGAUGCACAGCCAAGAAUUUUAUUUCCAAGUAGGGCAACUCCGGUAAGAAAUGCAUCAAAAAUUAAUAGAGGGCUGUCAUAUGGGAAAAUUCCAUAUAGAAGAGGUUACCCGUGA